AUAAAUCGUGACUUUCAUCGUUGAGCUCAAACAAUCAAAAUAGCUUCAUUACAAACACAUUUGUGAGAGACAUCGACCACCUCAACUCUACUAUUGGAUCUACAAUACUCGAUCGACCAUAUACCUAUUGAUCCUUUAACCCUCCUCAUACCCAUACUUUAAGUUCUGUACAAUGGCACGAACUCCCGAAUCUGCCGCAUUUCUCGCGAAGAAACCUACUGUUCCUCCAACUUUCGAUGGUGUCAAUUAUGAUGAUACAGCACGAUUGAAGCAAGCACAAGAUGCGAUUAUCAGGGAACAAUGGGUUAAAAGCAUGAUGGCACGGUUGGUCAGAGAGGAAUUGGGAAAAUGUUAUUAUAAGGAGGGGGUUAAUCAUUUGGAAAAAUGUGGUGCAUUAAGAGAUCGUUAUUUCGAGUUAUUGAAGGAGUCCAAGAUUAAAGGUUACCUGUUCGAGCAACAAAACCAUUUCAGCAAGGCUUAAUAGACAUGUCAUGAGGGCUUUAUUGAGAGAGGCGAGGGGGGGUAAGUGGUGAGAACAGGGCGACAGUGGAAUCGUGGCGGGUGAGGGUUAUGCUUGAAUGAGCUCAGUGCGGCUUAAGACAGGCAGGAUAUCUGGAGUCAAGCACUGAAGAUAUACCAAAAUCCAGGAAGCUUCAGAGCAUUUGUCCCAAAAAUAGAGACCUGAGAAAGGUCUACUAAGAGGACUGUAAAUAUGAAACAUUGUACAACCAG